UGAGACGAGCGAGAGUUGAGGCUGUUUUAUUUUCAUAAUCUAAUUCUAAACUGUAAUACAAAUUAAUUUUACUAUUUGUCAGUACGAUGCUAAGUAUUGUAAUUUAUUAAUAUAAAGUGUUCGAAAACACAGAUCAAGAUGAAUCCUAUGACCAAUGUAAAGAACGUGCUAAAACUAAGCAAGCAAGAACUAGCCGGCAACUCCAAAUCUUCAUGGCACGAUCAGUACAAGGACAGUGCGUGGCUAUUUGUCGGCGGUCUGCCGUACGAUUUGACCGAGGGAGAUAUCAUUUGUGUAUUUUCACAAUAUGGAGAAGUGGUUAAUAUAAACCUGGUAAGAGACAAAGCCACAGGUAAAUCGAGGGGUUUCGCAUUUAUAUGCUACGAAGACCAACGCUCAACUAUCCUUGCUGUAGACAAUUUGAAUGGAAUCAAGAUCUUGGGUCGCACUGUGAGAGUAGAUCACUGUGAGUCAUACCGAGCACCAAAUGCUGACAUGAGUAAGGUUGAUGAGGUGACAGCAGCCCUGCGACAUGAGGGGUGCGCUCCUGUUGUACCAAAAGCUGAACCAGUCACAAUAAAACAAGAACCAGUCAAGGAAAAAAAGGAAAAAGUCAAAAAGAGCAAAAAGAAGAAAAAGAAAAGAAGUAGAAGUUCUGAUUCCAGUGACUAGAUUAAUAUAAUCUUCUAAAACGAAUUUAAAGAAUUUCACUUUCAUUCACACAACACAAAACAUCUAAAAUACUCCGAGAAAAUACUAUAACAAGAGAUCAAUGUUAAUAAAAGAUUACAUAAGUUUAACAAUGAAUUUAACAACAUUAUUUCCUUACAUUAUUCACCUUAUUUCUUAAGAAUAUAUUCUCUGAUUAAAUAUUGGAAAGACAGAUGUCUCAUAAGGCAUUCUUUUUAUGUUAAGUUUCUCACCCUAAGUUUUGUUAAAUACUAAUUUGAUGCCAUACAGAACUUUUUGUUGACUGUAAGCAAUUAUACCAUCAGAGUUGCA